UGCAAAUAAAAUAAAAGUUUAACGAGUACAACAAAGUUCAGAAAAACCUCUCGUUAAAACAACGCAAACGGCAAAAACCCUCCCUCUUCAAACCCCGCCUUAACAAUGGCCGACGACGCCGGUGCCGACGUUGAUGCUACUCGAUUGGAAGAACAAGUCAAAAACGUAACGCAACAGGUGGAGAACUUAACUCUGACCGUGGAGGCUCUGAAUCGCCGUGUGAACUCACCACCAGCUCGCCGUGUGAACCCACGAGCUGCUGCCAAUACUAAACCGGCGGGGGAAGUUUUUUGGUCUGCUGUGCGCUGUUCCAUCUAUCUGUCGGGGGCCGUAGUAUUUUCUUGCAGAGGCUUCCACCACUGUAAUACGCUAGUUUCAGAAUUUUUUCGGAAGGAUGGUAAGAAAGGUGGAUCCUAAUUCCGAUGUGCAGUGCACUGUGAUAUGGUACGUUGAACUGUCGGUUUCAUUUUAUUUUUCUUAGUAUUUCAAUUGGGUUAAGUUGGAACUUUUUUUAGUGUUUUCUAAUCUUUUUCUUUGAUGAAGAAGAUGGUUUUUGCAUGGAUGAUUGGAUGUAAAUGGGCAUUUUAAUUGGUCUUCUUAUUAUCAUUCAUACUUUUCUUGCUGCUAAUUGUUUAAUGGGGAAUUUUUGGAUGAACUUUGUUAUUGUAAAUUUGCUAAAUUGUUUGAGUUUUUUAAAAAUCGAACCGGUGGCCGAAAUCGCGGAAAGUUUGGUCACCGUUUCCAGGUAUAGCCAGGUUUAUCGGUUCAAUCGGUUAUAUGUAGUUUAGGCAAGAAUGAGGAUCUAACUGAUUGAACUAGCAGCUCAACUGCUGGUUCAAUCAGGGUAACCAAUGGUUCUACAGGUGGUUCCAUCUACAUCAUCCGGUCCAAUCUGGUUUAAGAUUUUUGAUUUUUAGGGUAAAUCAAAAAGAAUAGCUGGUUGGGUUUUGACUCAACUGGCCGGUCCGGUUCUUAUUAUCCGGAGGAAUUCAAUGCACAACCUAAAAUAUUUCUCUUUCGCACUUAUACCAUUUGAUUUAUAAUUACUUAUUGAUUGGUUCUCCUUCUAAUCACUUUGUAUAUAGAUGCAAUAAUUUUAUAUGAAUAAACUGAUGAAAUGUUUUUUAGAAUAAUUCUUUUAUUUUAGUCUAUUUUUUUACAGAAAUUUUAACAGUUAUAUUUAUAGGAUAAGUAAAAAAGUUUUAAUUGAAAAAAAAAUUAUGUUUCUCCUUAAAACUUAUUUAUAAUAAAAAUUAUUUAAAAUUUUGGCACACUACUAUUAAAAUAAUUUAUCAGUUAAAAAUAGUCCAGUUGUCUUUUUUUAAGAGGGCAGUUGUCAUAGUUGUUAAUUUCGUUUAUUAUACAACGUUAUCUUUUAAAUCAGUUUUAAAUGCAAUAAAGAGCUUUAGCUAUUUGGGCUGAGCUCGAUCCUUACUCAAGUAAUUUGUCUCAAAAUUCUGAUGUAAUGUUUAUCCGCAUCUUUUCUGGAAGAAAAACUAGAACUUGACAGGGCAGUAAUCAACGGUACACGUGGCAUAUAAAUGCCAGCAGGUUAUGCAACGAACCAAAUCUCAUUACCACUUGGCUGUUGAUGAAACUCACACAUGUAAAUCUGUUAUGACGUGUAAGAAAGUAGCAGUGACACGUAGAUUUUGAUGGUUCUUUGAUUCAAUAUAAAUUACUCAUAAUCCUUUUCCAGAACAAAAUCAAACCUUAAAAUUUUAAAAAGAAAAAAUAUCAAUGGCUCUAAGCAUCGGAGGAAGAAGGAGCAACAUCUUCGAUCCAUUCUCACUCGACAUAUGGGACCCAUUCGAGGGCUUCCCUCUCUUCACCGGAGCAAAUCCACCGCAACCUCAGCGAGAAACCGCUGCGAUCGCUGCCACGAGGGUGGACUGGAAAGAAACACCGGAGGCUCACAUAUUCACAGCCGAUCUUCCUGGUUUAAAGAAAGAGGAGGUGAAAGUCGAAGUUGAGGAUGACAGAGUACUUCAAAUCAGUGGAGAAAGAACCAAAGAACAAGAAGAAGAGAAUGAUAAGUGGCAUCGAGUUGAGAGGAGCAGCGGGCGGUUCUUGAGGCGGUUCAGGUUGCCGGAAAAUGCGAAAAUGGACGGAAUUAAAGCUAAUAUGGAAAAUGGUUUGCUUAAAAUAGUUGUGCCUAAAGAGGGUCCGAAGAAACCCGAGGUCAAGUCUAUUGAGAUUGGAGCUUGAAAAGAAUUUGGGACUUCUGAUGGUGUAGAUAUGUAUAAAAGUGUGCAUAUUGUAAUAUAGUUUUUUUAAAGGUUUUAGCUUGUGAAAAUAUGUAUGAUGAUCUGUUUUUAUUAUGUUUUUGUAGCAAACAGUGGAUGCUAUAUUGUAAUAUAGUUUUUCAUUUUGGUGUUUUCA